CCUGCACACAGCAGGGGGUUGGAACUGGAUGAGCACUGUGCUCCUUUGCAACCCAGGCCAUUCUGUGAUUUAGGCACCCCGUCCUUCAUUCAGAGCAUCAGCGGUGGGGAUGGCUGGGCAGGGGGCCCCACUCUGUCCUAACCUCCGUGGCUGCAGUUACAUCCUUAAAGCUUCCAUCCCACAAUAAAUGAAUCCAGGCAGAGCAGUGAGCCCUGAGUUGGUCACAUGGUUUGACAUCACUCUUUGCUGCUCUAUGGCAGCAGCACCAGGCACUGAACAGGAUCCUGCCCCAUGCCCCUCAGCAGCAGCUCUUUGGGCUGCAGUCUGAGGUCACGUUGCAGGAUGUGACCCUGUGUUGCCCUUGGUCCUGCUGAUAAUUGGCUUCAAAGGGGAUUGUCUGCGAGGAGGAUUUGUCGUAGAGCCUGAGGUGAGGGAGGAAGCCAGCACUCAGCAUCAUGGCCCUUUGUCCCUUGUUCCCAGGUGGAGGGCAGCUGGUGUGGAUGGGGGAGAUUUGGGCCACGCACAGCAGAGUGAUGAUUUGGGGUUGAAGUCCAUCAGCAUGCUCCAGGUACCAUUGCCCCUGGAUCGUGAUGGUAUCCUGUUCCGGCUCCGUUUCACCACUCUGGCUGUUUGGACUGUGUUUUGCCCCUUGUUUGGUUUCCUUUUCUGCGUGAUUUGGUCUCUGCUCUUCCACUUCAAGGAGACGACAGCCACCCACUGCGGGGUCCCAAACUACCUGCCUUCCAUCAGCGCUGCCAUCGGAGGAGAGACCCCGCAGCGCUACGUCUGGCGGCUCUGCAUUGGUCUGCACUCAGCUCCACGUUUCCUGGUGGCUGUUGCCUACUGGAACCACUACCAGAGCUGCCACUGCUCCCACCCUCGCUACCUGCGCCUGUGCCACUUCAACCUGCUGCUCAACCUGCUCGAGAACUUUGCCCUCCUCGUUCUGACCUAUGUGUCCUCCUCAGAGAACUAUGCAAUCCAUGAAAAUGCCUUCAUCGUCUUUAUCACAUCAGCUCUGGGCCACAUGCUCCUGACGUGCAUCCUCUGGAGGAUGACUAAGAAACACACAGUAAGUCCCGAGGAGCGCAAAUCCUACAAGUGGAAACAGCUGCUCUUCUUCAUCACCUUCAUCACCUUCUCCAUUGCCGUCUGUGUCUUUUUCCACCACAACUGGUACUGCAGACCUGGAGUGUACACCAUCUUUGCUUUCCUGGAGUACGUGGUGGUCUUCUCCAACAUGGCCUUCCACAUGACAGCCUUCUGGGACUUCAGCAACAAGGAGCUGGUGGUGAGCUCAAUGCUGGAGGACAAGCACUUCUAACUGGUUGCCACAGGGCUGAGUGCUCCCAUGGGUGCUGCCCCAUGGCGUGGGCUGGGGGCUGCAGUUGUCCCCAUGCUGGGAACAGGAAUGGGGUCCGCUC